AUGAAGCGCGGGCAGAUAGUCGACGCAGCUAAGAAAACCAAAAGCAAGCAGAAGCUAGAGCGCCGCUUGAAGAGCAGGAAGGAGGAAACAGAGGAAGAUGCAGAGGAGAGGAGGGCGCGGAAUGUGCCCAACACGCUCGACAAUACGCGGGAAUAUGAUAUGAGUAUGGGUGUGGGAGGAGGAGGAGGGGGUGAGCAGCCAGAGCAGCCAGAGCAGCCAGACGACAACGACAACGACAAGGAGAAUAACAGCGAGAAUAACAAGGAUAUGCACAUGGGAACAGAUGAUCCCGAACUCUCCUCAGAUAUUGCCAACGACGCCUUCGCAAGCUACUUCACACCGCAACUGGUCAACCCCGAUGACCCAGAUUCAGGGAUCAAGUUGCCCAAGAUACUCAUCACGACGAGCGCGGGCGCGGGAAAGAGCACAAUAGAGUUCUGCAUGGAUCUCACAUCCGUACUGCCCAACUCAGAGUACGUCAAGAGGAGGAGCGGCAAGGGGUACGAGAUGGGUACUAUUGCCGGCUGGGCACGCAAACGGGAGUACAGCGACAUGAUGGUGGUGAAUGAGGAUCACAAGACGGCGAAUGCGUUGACGCUGAUGCAUCUCCCGAGUGGCCCCACGGCGUAUUUCAAAUUGUCGUCCGUCAAACAAAGCAAGGCUAUUACGGGUCACGCUCGUCCUACACCGCACCACCCGGAACUGGUGCUGAACAACUUCGCUACCAGACUCGGACAUACUGUUGGAAGGAUGUUCCAAGCACUCUUCCCACCUGUGCCGGAAUUUGAGGGUCGACAGGUAGCGACUUUCCACGUGCAGCGCGACUUUAUCUUCUUUAGGCGACACCGCUACGCUUUCAAGUCGACAGAGAAGACAGCUUUGCAGGAGAUAGGACCGCGGUUCACGCUCAAGCUGAGGUGGAUGAAGAGAGGCCUGCCGGGGGUUAAGUACGAGGUGGACAACCGACCUGUUGAAGCGCGUCUCGCUAAUGCAGGCGACAACGACGGCGGCGGUGAUGCGUUUGAGUUCCAGUGGAGACCUGAAUUGGAGACGAGCAGGCGCAAAUUCUUCCUGUGA